AUGGAUCGCGACAGAUCUGGAAGAGCUGGCGAUCGAAGGCCGCCGCGAGAGGACACCAGAAAUCACAAGCCCAGAUAUGGUGCGAAAAGACCAGUCCGACUGCAGAAUUCCGACCAGGCUAAUAGAUUCGCAGAGCAAAAUCGCUCACGCUCACCACCUCGCCGAGACCGUCGCGAUGACCGAAGAAGAGACCGCUCACCACCAAGAGGUCCAUUCUUGAGGUCUGGUCCGCCACCACGCUCUGACCGAGAUCGCGAUUUUAUGCGAGGCAAGGAUGGACCACCUCGCGGACGGACAGAUACGAAGCCGAACAGGGAGUCUCUAGACAACAAAGCGGGCAUCAAAGGCGCAAGAAACGGAACCAUUCGACAGGACGACACGCGCAUGGAAGGAGGGGUUGAGGAUGAAGACUCAGACGCGGAAAUGAACAGGAUCAUGGGCUUCUCCAAUUUCAAGACUACCAAGAAUACCAAGGUUCCUGGUAAUGACAAGAACUAUGGUGUGCACAAAAUCAAGAAGGCCGAAUAUCGACAAUACAUGAACCGGCAGGGUGGAUUCAAUCGGCCGCUGUCUCCAUCAAGAGUAUGA